AACAAGCCGAGGCUCACUUCCCCCUGCAGAUAUCCAAUAUUCAUAUGCAACUCGAAACACAUGAAUUGCAAUUGAAUAAGAUUUUCAAUGCAUACAGACUACGGUAUAUCUCGAAUCUUGCAAACGACUUCUGCAAUGCAGCAAGAGCACAGAGUCGUCUCGAGAAAGAAGAUAGAAAACCAGAGGAAGAACAUACCACCGCCACAACGGGAGUGAAGGGCCAUUCCGACUCGGCACAGCAGCGAUGUUCUUCACCGGCUCAAGAAACUACCGGUUUGUCCAAUGAGCACGGUGAUCGGCCGAAAGAAUUCAAAUCAAUGGUGGGAAAAAUGCACUUUUUUUUGGCUGAUUGAGUUCUGAAAGCACAGACUGAUGCUGCUGCUUAGAAAAUGAAAAGGAACUACGAAACUUAAUCCUUAAUUCUUACAGUUAUUUAGUCCUCUAAUCCUUAAUUCCCAAGAAGUUGGAGGCUUUCUUCUCUGUCCAGCCUUCCUUCUCCUUUAAGGGCUUACCCAAAAGAGAAUCUAGUAUUUCUUAGUCGUGAAUAUCUGAAUAGGACGAACCGCCCCAUGGUUUCAAUUGGUAGACCAGAAGACUGAAAAUCUUCGUGUCACUAUUCGGUUCAAAUCUGUUAUG